UCCAAAAGAGCACUCACUGGUUUGCUGGGAAAACACAUGCACUCCGGGAAAACCCGACAGCAGCCUAUAAAAAUGGAAUCGGACUCCACAACCUCUUCACUCCACUUGGGAUCCUAGAACCUCAUUCAACUCUCACUUAAGAUCUCCAGAACCUCAUUCAACUCUCACUUAAGAUCUCCAGAAACGUUGUGACGGCCUCUCACUGCUUAUUAUCUAUCGUCAGCAUGACCUUCUCACCGAAAGCUUGUGGUCUCCUGCUUGUCGUCCUGGCAGCAGUCUGCAUACAGCUCUACGAUGCCCAGUUCGUUCCAGCCAGGUGUAAUUGUCAAGGAACCAUCAAGUUCACUGCGGAAAUUAUAUCGGAUUUCCAGGUCUUUGAGAAAUCCCCCAAUUGUGAUCACACAGAAAUCAUAAUAACACUGCAGGAAGACAAUGUCAAAAGGUGUUUGAACCUACAGGGAAAGCUGGCGAAAGCCUUUCUCCACUGCUGGAACAGAAUAAACAAGGACGAGAGCCAGAAGAUGACAUGUCUGAACAGGAGAAACAAAGCCAAGUGAGAAGAGAAGAAACAAUCAGAUCUGGACCCACGGAGGGGGCCUCCAAGAAGUCAUGUGACUUACGGGAAGUGCAUAUCCGAGUCGGGGUACCUCCCAACUGGAGGAGGGGAAAUAAAAAGGGAGAGAGAGAGAGAGAGAGAGAGAGAGAGAGAGAGAAUUGAAUGAAGGAGCAUUACAUGAUAUGUGUCUUAUAACCACUGAAAGUCAAAAACUGUUUUAAACAGGUGUUUUCUUGAAACCUAUAUUGCUCUGGAAAAAUAUUGUUGUGCAAUACACAACAAGAUGUGCAUUAAGAAGAAACAGUAUUACAGAUGUUUAUUUAUGAUGGAAUAAAUUAUUGUUUUGUAAUUUAAGUCAGUGAAAACGUCAAGUGUGAUGAAGUAAAAACUUUUAUACAAAUCAACAAUUGUUGUCAGUAUG